UUCCAAAUAGUUUUCAUCUUAGUCAGUAUAUGUUGUAAUAUUGGCUUCUUUUAAAUCCUUAAUUAGUGUUAUUGGUAUGUUCCAUCAUAAAGGAUAGACAGAAACUCUCUAUAUGCGCGGAAAUAGUGAUUGUGACACAUGUUGACAAAUGACCUUGCAGAAACAUUCAUGGCCCAAAGGUUAGGCGAGCGCUCUUGAGGUUAAAGAAUGAUAAACAUAACCUGUAUGUGUUAGAGGAGCUUGUGCCGAUGUUUUCGCGUAGGCCUACUCCUUAUCCUCCUUUUUCUAGUUGAUUGGCAAUGCAUACAUUAUUGUACCUGCCUGGGGCUCCCCUGAUCCAUGGACGGGAUGGUGGAAGAGAACGGGACAUCUGGGGGCAACGGUGACCCGCUAGCGGCAUCUCCCACACCUCACCCCAUAGCUGUCACUAAUGUUCGGGAGGCCACCAUCGUUACAUAUAACACGCAGCCACAGAAGGGGCAAUCAGUGAUUCAGAGCAACCAACAGUCGGUGAUACAAUCUGCCAACAACCAGCUACCAGUGCUCACAAAGGGCAACGUCAUUCUGGUCGGCAAACCAAACUCUGUCAUCCAGACAACCCAAGGCAACUUGCAGACACUUCAGGUAGUGGUGGAAGCAGGCUCAGACGACAGUUUAUCUAAUGACGAGGAUGCGACGACGCGCAAGAGAAGGGACAUUCUGACCCGAAGGCCCUCGUAUCGGAAAAUCCUCAACGAUCUUGGAGGUGCGGAAAUCUCAGGUAGCAAGACUACCUUCUUCAAACCUCUUUUUGGGGGCAAGGUGGAGUCGUCAGGGUCCGACUGUGACUCUAACCUGGACUCCGAGCUCUCGUCUCAUUCUCUACCAACACAUUACCAGGCAGUGAUACCAGCGGGAACAAUCCAGCUUACGAGUCAAGGCGAAGCGGUGACGGGCCUGCACACACUGACUAUGACCAACGCUACGGGAGGCAGUGGCACGCUUGUACAGUACACGCAGGGACAGGAUGGGCAGUUCUAUGUGCCUGGUGAGAUAGUGGUGACACAGUCUGGAAGCCUAUCGGGAGGACCAAUUAUGGCAGAGGACCAGGCCAGGAAGCGGGAACUUCGGCUACUGAAGAACAGAGAAGCAGCGAGGGAGUGCAGAAGAAAGAAGAAGGAGUAUAUAAAGUGUCUGGAGAACCGAGUGGCUGUCUUGGAGAACCAGAACAAGGCCUUAAUAGACGAACUGAAGUCUCUAAAGGAGUUGUACUGCCAGCAGAAGACGGAAUAGUGAUUCCCCACUGACUGAACAAGAGGCCUUCAAUGACCCCUCGGAAGGAAGGGUUCACAGCGCCAGAGUAUAUAUUUUCUUUGUCCCUUCCCCCGAGAGUUGGUACGUCGCCGUAGUUGUAACGAUCUAGUCUCGAUCGCAGUCGGUUACCCUCGGAACACUUUGGAACCAAAAUAAGGCUUUUAUUGUGGACAAGGCUGUUGAUGAACCGUUUAUUAUGGUUAUGUUUAUUUGUUUUCCAUUGUGGUCAUCUAUAUGGAUUUGUUGCAAUAUUUACUAGGCUGUGUUCGUGUAGGCAUUUCCAAUUAUUACUAUUAGUUAGUUUGGCUUAGAAUAUACUCAGAUAAUUUUGGUGCCUCAGUUUAAAGUAAGAGUAAUACAAAUUUGGAUUGAAUGUGCUAACAGCCUUAAACAGUUAGUAGUUUCUAAAGCAGAUGGUUUAAAUAUUAUGUAUAAACACAUAGCUUUAAUAAAGUUUAGAAAAUAAUGUUUGCUAUGUUUCUUGGAAUUAAUUGCUCAUUCAUGAAUUGAUUAAAACAUUUUCUGUUAUAGUUUCAUGUAUUAAUAAUAAUACAAUUAACAAACUGUUUUCAAUGCAUGUGACAAUUUUUAUUACUGAUGAUCAAGUAUCUGCUGUUUUCAUAGAUAUUGAGUCUAUUACUUCUUUCGUAAAGAUAUUUCUUGUUACCAGAAGUUAAAGGUUUCUUUAUAUUAUAAAAGAAAAUAAUUUACUCAUGCUUUACUUUCCUUAUCAGUAAUAAGGAAAUAAAUACUCUUUGGAUCAAUAAUUUGCAGGCAAAUUUAUUAUUUAUUUUUCUACCAUCAUCAUUAGAGAUCAAGUUAUCACAAAUUAGAGUAUUUAUUUAAUAAUCAUUAAAGUUUAUAUUUAACAAUAUAUUUCAUCAGCAGCCUUGUUGGGAAAAGUGCCUCGUUAACAAAUGUAAAUUAAAUGCACUUUAUGGUAGACAGUUUUCCAUUGCUUACGCUUAAAACUUGUUCUCUCGUUGAAUCAAACCUUGUUGUUUUUCAGUCGAUUGUUUGUCUGAAAAGUCAUUAACCAGCUACUUAAUUGUAUUUUGGUAAUUUUUACACAAUCAAAAGGAAUUCGUGUUCCUGUAAAGACUAUUUUUGAUGAGCUUAUAGUUUCCGAUGUGUUACAUCUUUAAAAGUAAAAGUAAAAUUGAUCAUUUAAAUUUUUCAUCACACUUAUUUUUAUUUCAUUAUUGUACUUUUUACAUAGCUAAGUCCUAACAAUACUAUAAUUUUGGCAACAUUAUCUUGUGAUCACUAAGCUGUCAUUGCGACACCAGUGCUUUAUUGUUAUUCCUUGGUCAAUAUUGAUUUGUGUUGUUUGUAAAUAUUUGUAAAUGUACAAUUAGUUUGUUUAUUUAUGAUCUAGAAAGUACUUUGUUAUUUGUAACAAAUAACAUAAAUAUAUUUUAUAGACAGAAAUAAUUUGUUUUGUUGUUUAUUUUUUUGAGGCAAUUUAUUAUGUAUUUUAUGCUCAUUCUAUGUUUUUAUGAGAAUCAAUUUAUUUAUUUGAUUUUAAAUGUUCAAACUGAUUUUUUUUAUAGUUUAAAAAUUAUUCCACGUGCCAAUUUUUAUUAUUUUGGAAUGGUCAGGGUAGGUAGCUGCCUAUUCCUUUAAGGGAUUACCGUAAAUUGUUUGUAUAGUGUGUUUGUUCUUUGUUAUUUUGCUGUAAAAACUAAGACUAAGCUGUACUAGAUUGCUGUAAAUAAUAUUUUAUUACCAUCUACAGAAUCUUUCAAAAUGAUAGACAUAUGUAACAUAUACGAAGUGUAAUUAUUAGACUUAAUUUUAAAAGACCACAGUUAAUACACUUAUGUGUUUGUACAGAAAAAUAAAACUUAUAUUUUAUAAUUA